AUGAGGAAAGAGACGCGAAGGUUACGAGCAGCAAUGCGGGCUGAAGAGCAGAGGACAGAGGAAAUGAAGCCAAUUCUGGAAGACAGAUGGAAGCGCAUUCCGCUUGGAACGGAACGGCUUGCCAGAAGUGGAAAGAAGGCUGCCAAGACCCGGAAGUCAUUCACGGAAAGUCCGUUCCGCUUCACGAAGCAGUUGUUUAGGGAGAAGUCUAGCGAGGCGCUGAGCGUUGAGCAGGAGGAGCUGCAAAGACACCUUAUGAGCACGUACUCUGAUACCAGCAGUGAGGUCCCAGUGGAGUUGGUUGAAAAUAAUAGAUAUGUGUCUGCAGAAACACAAACUGACUAUUUACUUGCCAAAGGAAAUCCACAGAUCUAUCUAUCUAUCUAUCUAUCUAUCUAUCUAUCUAUCUAUCUAUCUCACCAUGUUUUAAUCUAUCUAUCUAUCUAUCUAUCUAUCUAUCUAUCUAUCUAUCUAUCUAUCCCACCAUGUUUUAAUCUAUCUAUCUAUCUAUCUAUCUAUCUAUCUAUCUAUCUAUCCCACCAUGUUUUAAUCUAUCUAUCUAUCUAUCUAUCUAUCUAUCUAUCUAUCUAUCUAUCUAUCUAUCACGGAUGGUUCAUUAUCUAUCUAUCUAUCUAUCUAUCUAUCUAUCUAUCACGGAUGGUUCAUUAUCUAUCUAUCUAUCUAUCUAUCUAUCUAUCUAUCUAUCUAUCUAUCCCACAAUGUUUUAAUCUAUCUAUCUAUCUAUCCCACCAUGUUUUAAUCUAUCUAUCUAUCUAUCUAACUAUCUAUCUAUCUAUCUAUCUAUCUAUCUAUCUAUCUAUCUAUCUAUCUAUCUAUCUAUCUAUCCCACCAUGUUUUAAUCUAUCUAUCUAUCAUCUAUCUAUCUAUCACGGAUGGUUCAUUAUCUAUCUAUCUAUCUAUCUAUCUAUCACGGAUGGUUCAUUAUCUAUCUAUCUAUCUAUCUAUCUAUCUAUCUAUCACGGAUGGUUCAUUAUCUAUCUAUCUAUCUAUCUAUCUAUCUAUCUAUCUAUCUAUCUAUCUAUCCCACCAUGUUUUAAUCUAUCUAUCUAUCUAUCUAUCUAUCUAUCUAUCUAUCUAUCUAUCCCAUUCUAUUUUAAUCUAUCUAUCUAUCUAUCGAUCUUAUCCUAUUUUUAA